GAAACUUGGUAUUCAAAAACAAAAGUUUGGUGUAUAUAUAUAGAGAGAGAUAUUUGUGUCGCUAAUCUCUGUUUCCACACACAGGGAGAGAGAGAGAGAGAGAUCAGAUGAUGAUGAAUAAUAAUAUGGAAACUCCAGAAGUUUGCAACGGGGAGGGAGAUCAGGAGGAUGAAAUUUCGCUUCCGGGAUUCAGAUUCCAUCCGACCGACGAAGAACUGGUGAGCUUUUACCUACGUAGAAAAGUAGAGAAAAGACCUCUUAGCAUUGAACUCAUCAAACAAAUAGAUAUCUACAAACACAACCCAUGGGACCUUCCAUAUGGAAGCAGCUGCAGCAAGAUGGGAUUGGGAGAUAAAGAAUGGUAUUUUUAUUGCAAGAGAGGAAGGAAAUACAAGAAUAGCAUAAGGCCAAAUAGAGUAACUGGAUCUGGAUUUUGGAAGGCAACAGGAAUAGAUAAAGGUGUUUAUAGUAAUGGAGGUGAAGGGAAUGAAUGUAUUGGUCUUAAGAAAACACUUGUUUAUUAUCGUGGAAGUGCUGGUAAAGGCUCUAAAACUGAUUGGAUGAUGCAUGAGUUUCGUCUCCCUCCUCCUAAUAAUCCAACCGCCGCCACCACCAACAACCCUAAACCCAACAACUUUGCUCAAGAAGCGGAAAUUUGGACAUUAUGUAGGAUAUUCAAGAGGAAUGUGAGUGGGAGAAGAUAUGGAACAUCAGGAAGUAAUAAUUGGAAUAACAAGCAAUUAGCAGCAGUAUCAACAACAGCAAUCAAAAACCCCAUCAUAGAUGAUCAAAAGAACAUAAGGCUGUGCAGUAACAACAAUAUUGUUGAUCAAAUUAUUGUGCCACCACCAGCUUCUGAAAAAGGUAACAACAACAAUAAUAAUAAUGGUGAAAUUAGUUACAUCAACUUCAGCAGCUGUGACUCCUCCAUGAUUAUCCAAACUGAGAAGAAGCCACUACUUCUUGAUCCAAACAAUUACCUCAACAACAAUCAUCAUCAUCAUCAUCAAGAAUGGAAUACCAAUAAUAAUAGUUAUGAUCAAUAUAGCAGUUGCUCUUCAAGUGGUAUCAUUUCACCUUCAAUUCCUUAUCCAACAAAUCAGCAGCUUGAUAUCAACGAUUUCUUCACUAAUAGCAAUUGGGAUGAGCUCAGAUCAAUGGUGGAUAUGUUGUAAGAUUAUUAUUGUUCUUCUGAUCUUCUUCAUCAUUAUUGUUGAUCUUUUUAUCCAUUUGGUGUAUAUAUACAACAUACCUCAUCUCUCUCUACACAAGGUACAGCCCUUAUCAAAAUUGCUCAACAUAUCAUUCAUCUCAUCAAUCCAAAUUAAAGGAAGGGCAAUUGAUCAGAAGAGGCAAAGAAUUAUUGGGUUUGGAAUUUUUUUUAUCAUCAUUACAUUCAAUAAUCCAACUACCACUUUAGGAUUAAUCAUAAUAUACUUUAGAUUUUAUAUAUAUAGCUGGGGUUGAUUCCUCCCUUGUGAAUAUAUAUAUAUAUAUAUAUAGUCUUUUUUUUAGGCAUCUCCUUUGCUAUAUAUCAAUUCCAAUAUGUUACAUGGGGCUUUUUCAUUUCUUUGUAACAAUAAUAUUUAGUCUUUAGAUUUGAUUUUAGCUUAUAUAUCAUUUUACAUUCUAUA